AUAGACCGGCAGAUGAGAUUUUAUUUUUAUUAUUUUUUGCAUAAAAAUACGACGCUUCUCUGCCUAUCAAAAAAAAAAGUUAGCGGAGAUCCCAAAUUUUGCAGAGAAAAAUAAGAGGAAGAACAACCCACAAAAAAGAGGAAAAAAAAAAGAAAAGAAAAAAAGAGGCAGCUUCUCUAACUUCUGGGUCAACUUAAUCGCAUUUCUUUCUUGUAAAAGAGUCGAUCUUUUUUUAGUUUUUCGCAAUUUCUGAACUGGGUUUGUUACAAUUCGAUCAAAAUUUCAAGAAUAGAUUUUUUUUUUUUUUUUGAAAUUGGGGUUGAUUAGGGUGUUAGAUUGAUUUAGAGGGAGAAAAAGAAGAUGAAAUUUAAUCUGGGAUUUGUGUGUUUUAGAGGAUUAUGAUACAUGUUGAAUCAUAAUCAUUGUUGUUGUUUGAAUAAUUAUUGUGAUUAUUGUUGUUUCGGGAGCAAUGUACAAUAGUAAUCUGAAGGGGGUGAUACUGGCAUGUGUGUCAAGUGCCUUCAUUGGGUCUAGUUUCAUCAUCAAGAAGAAGGGUCUUAAACGUGCCGGCGUCGCGGGCCCUCGUGCUGGCAGUGGUGGUUACGGUUACUUGAUGGAGCCACUUUGGUGGGUGGGAAUGGGCACUAUGAUUGUUGGAGAAAUUGCUAAUUUUGUUGCUUACAUUUAUGCACCCGCUGUGCUGGUGACACCACUUGGUGCACUGAGUAUAAUUGUUAGUGCGGUGUUGGCCCAUUGCUUAUUGGAUGAGAAACUGCAGAAGAUGGGGAUGCUUGGAUGUCUUCUCUGCAUAGUAGGCUCAACUAUCAUUGUGCUUCAUGCACCAGGAGAACGUCCAAUAGAUUCUGUUGAUGAAAUAUGGGCAUUAGCUAUUCAACCAGCUUUUCUGUUAUAUACGGCAUCAGUCCUAGCGGUUGCAUUGGUACUGAUCUUGUAUUGUGCUCCUCGAUAUGGUCAAACCAAUAUAUUUAUUUAUAUAGGCAUUUGCUCGAUAAUUGGAUCACUGACGGUAAUGAGUGUGAAGGCCAUUGGUAUAGCAAUAAAACUAACCCUGGAUGGUGCAAACCAAUUCAAAUACUUCCAUGCAUGGGUUUUUGCGAUGGUUUCAGUUACAUGUAUCAUUAUUCAAUUAAACUAUCUCAACAUGGCACUUGAUACAUUCAAUACGGCAAUGGUGUCUCCCAUCUAUUAUGCGUUGUUCACAUCAUUUACGAUUCUUGCUAGUGCAAUUAUGUUCAAGGAUUAUUAUGGCCAAAGUAUAAGCAGUAUUGCAUCAGAGCUUUGUGGAUUUAUUACUGUGCUAUCUGGAACAGCGAUCUUACAUAGUACAAGAGAACCUGAUCACCCAUACAUUACAGAUUUGUACACGCCACUCUCUCCAAAGGUAUCAUGGCAUCUGCAAAGUAAUGGAGAUUUUUGGAAGCAAAAGGAUGAUGAUGGCCAGUCUGCUAACUGUAUCUCAAUCAUCCAGCAGGAUUACUUCAAUUAGGUUUGAAUGUUUUUGUAAGAAGUUUUGCUUUUAUGGGGGGGUGUGGAGAUGCAGCUUCCCUGUACAUACAGAUACAGGAGGCCAUAAUUCGUGAUUUUGGAGAGAGUACCUUGGUCGAGGUAUAGGUGCAAUUUAAUUAUAUACAUGCUUGUGCAGAAUUAUGCAUUUUGGGUUGAGCUGAUAUUUCUUCACUAGCUGUUCUUCUUUGGGGGGUCAAUGUAAUCCUUCUUGUGCAAAUAGGUCUCUAACUAAUUACUAUUUACAGUAUCCACCAUUUUAGCAUUAGUCCAUGGUGGUAUGACCUUUGUCUUGUAAAAUUUAUUGUGCUGUUUUUGCGGGGUAAAAGAUAAAGUUAACCCCCCCUUAUUUUUUACUACAGUGCUUCUUAAUUUUAUUCUUUGGUGCAAAUUGUACUUAAUUAGAAUAAUCUGUUGUAUUUUGUAAUUAAUUGAAAGUGAGAAUUUUCAUCUGA